AUGCAUCAGGGACGCCUGCGGCUGCGGCCGUGGCUGGAGGAGCAGAUCGAUUCCGGCAGACACCCUGGAGUCAUGUGGCUGGACCAGCCUCCUCUCCUCUCGUGGAUUUCAGGCCGAUACAAACCCGGCACAGACAAACCCGAUCCCAAGACGUGGAAAGCAAACUUCAGAUGUGCACUCAACUCCCUGACGGACGUCCACGAGCUCCAGGACAAGAGCAUCAAGAAAGGCCACAACGCUUUCAGAGUUUAUACUCUCCUUCCACACAGCAAAACAGUCAAGAGACGCAAAGCUUUGAGGUGUUUGGAGAGCGACAGUGAAGCAGCGACACCUCCGCAAACACAAAGAAACACGCCACUGGAGAGAUUUACAGAGGCCUUCUGGAAGCUCUCCGAUGACCGAGGCAGUGAAGAUAAAUGUGUCGAGCAGCAGAGACCAGACAUCACCUUCUCACAGGGACUGCAGCUGAACAAGACAGACGAGCACGAGCAAACCGAAGCUGUGCUGAAGAUCGUGGAUCACCUGAAGAACCUGGAGCACUGGAGUCCCUCGUGCGAGAGCGACAGGGGCUGGAGGACAAACCCCGUGUGGAUGGGAUGCCGGUGCGAGACGGUGGAGUUUUCCGGUUACUCCUUCCAGACCGACUGUAACACCUCAUCCGGUCAAUACGACUGAACCAGCAGCUUCACACUACUGCAUUUGGAUUUGUGUUUUUUGCAGUGCAACUGAAGAAAAACCAUAGUCAUCAAUGGACAUGUUAAUGACUGGACAGUGAAACUGUGCCUGAAUGAUUUUGAGUUGUAAUAAAUUAUGAUAAAUUAUGCAAAAUGACAGUUUCUUGGUCACUAAAGAAGACAUCAGCUAUUUUUAUUUGUAUGCCAAAUCUUUCAAUAAAUCUUGAGUUUAUGCUUUGGAUUAAACCAUGUGUGGCCUUCAUUCCCAAACGAGCGUGCAGGACAUCGAUGAACGUCAUUCCUGUGCGUAUUGAAUCAGGUGACUAUUCAAGUACGGCAGUGAACGUGUUGUAGAAAUGUUAGGAACAUUUCAGCUCGCUGUCCGAUCCUGCUUCGGCAGAGUUUAACUCCAAAUGCAAGAC